AUGUCCGGCGGCGUCGACUCCAGCGUCGCCGCCCACCUCCUCCAAUCCCAAGGCCACAAAGUCACCGGUAUAUUCAUGCGCAAUUGGGACACCCGCGACGAACACGGCCAAUGCCCCUCCGAACGCGACUGGCAAGAUGUCCAACGCGUCUGCCACCGAUUAAACAUUAAAUGUCAUGAGGUUAAUCUCGUCAAGGAGUAUUGGAAUAAUGUGUUUGCUUUAGCCUUGGAUGAGUAUGCUAGGGGGUGGACACCGAAUCCCGAUAUGCUGUGUAAUAGGGAGAUUAAGUUUGGUGUGCUUUUGAAGGAAAUCGAGAGGAGGGUUGGUGGUGGUGCAUGGUUUGCUACGGGACACUAUGCCAGAUCCAUGGUGGUCACCGAAAGAAAGGAGGAGACCGAAGAGGAAAAGGAUGGUGUGGUUUUGUAUAGGGGUGUGGAUCAAAGGAAGGAUCAGAGCUACUAUUUGGCUAAUGUCCUGGGAUCCAGUCUAACCAGGGUGGUGUUUCCCUUGGGCGAUCUGAUCAAGGCCACGGAUGUCCGUGGAAUAGCCAGGGAUGCCGCCCUGCAUACAGCAGAAAAGGAAGAGAGCAUGGGUAUUUGCUUUGUUGGCGAACGGCGGCGCUUUGACCAGUUUUUGGCAGAGUAUCUUCCCCAGAAACACGGCGAUAUCGUUGAUUCACUUGGUCACAAGUUGGGCACGCAUCGGGGAAUGUUUUCAAAAACUAUCGGCCAAUCCGCUGGUAUCCCCGGAUGGCAGGAUAAGUGGUAUGUUUAUGCCAAGGAUAUGGAUCGGAAUAGAAUGUUUGCGGUGCAGGGAAGGGAUAAUCCGCUGUUGUAUUCGAGCAGAGUCACGGCGGGUCCUAUUCAUUGGAUUUCAGGGAGUCCACCACUAGGUUUUGAUGAUGGGCAAAAUAUAAAGUUGGAUGCACAAAUUCGAUACAUGCAAAAGCCACAGAAAUGCACGGUGUCGCGGAAUGAACGUGGCUUUUUGUCCGCCGAAUUUGAGGACGCUCAGUUUGGCGUGGCUGUUGGCCAGUAUCUGGUGUUGUACAAUGGCGACCAUUGUCUCGGAUCCGCCGUGAUACAGUAA